AUGGACCCAGAAGAUCUUCAGGACGCGCCAGACGAGUCGCUGGCCGACCGGCUCAACCGGCUGGCCGAGCGGCGGCGGGCGGCAGGGUGGCGGUCGCCUGCCGCCACCUCCUCGGAGGGCGAGGCCGAUUGUGAGGCCCGCGUGCUGCCUCAACGCAGCGCAGUCCAGGCCCUGCGAGACCUGCUGCAGCAGCGUGGCGCAGUGCUAGAGGCCACAAUUGAUGGGGCAGGGCCGGCCAUUGCAGCGCCAUCGCUCGGACAAGGCAGCGAGCGCGGUGGUCAGAUUGCGGGCUGGGCGCCUGAGUUUCCUCUGCCCGGCGCGGCCACACAGCCUGCAGCCGAGGGCAGCUCCAGGGCAGUAGCAGAGGUGCUGUCUGAUGCCAGCGUGCCGCCUACGGCCCGCCGCCUCAUCGCCAUUCACAGCAGCCUUGGGCGCGAGGCGGCGCGCACAGAGGGCCAGCUGCGUGCCGAGGACCUCCAGAAUGCUGCCGCAGCCCUGCAAGACGCAGACAUCCAGCGCGGCGAGCUGGAUGCCCUCUUGAUCCGCCAAGCGGCGGCCGCAGCCGAGCGGGAGCGGUUGCGCCUUGAGCGGGAGGCCCAGCUGCAGGACAUCCAGCUGGAAUUCGCCACACAGCACAUGGCGGCAUGGCGCAUAGGGCAGGGCUGGCGACGCUUCCUGCGCAGCCCCGGCAGGUUGCGCCAUGUGGCUGCCGCCACCCGCCUGCAGGCCUCCUGGCGUGGCUAUGUGUCUCGCCGUCUCACAGCCAUCCUGCUGCACCGGUCGCGCCAGCGGCGAGCGCUGCUGGCUGAGCUUCAGGCUGCUGUGGACAGUGGGGAGCAGCAGCUGGCACGGGAGGCAGCUGCACAGCUGGGCACCCUCGGCUUUGGUGCAGCGGCGGGCCAGCUGUUGGCUGCACUGGAACAGCGAGCGGCAGAGGCAGCCCAGGCGCUGCGCACGGCUGCCGCCAACAGCGGUAUUGCCGGCUACCAGGCUGCUGCAGCCGCUGCAGCACAAUACAGCGAUCUGGGCGUCGUGCUGCAAGAGGCAGCUGGCGUGUUUGAGGCCCGCGUGGCGGCAGCAGAGCAAGCCGUCAAUUCUGCUUUGGAAGGAGGACCACUCAGCCAGUUCAAAGAUGCAGUGGCAGCAGCUGCGGCGCUUGGGGUGGGCGCCUCCCUGCUUGCCCGGGCUGAGCAGCGGAUAGCGCAGCGCAACCAGCAGGCCUCGGCUGUGCUGCAGGCGUCUGUGGAUGCAGCUCCCUUUGAUGCGCUUGCGUACAACAGUAGCCUGCAGCAAGCACAGGAGUGGGGGCUGCAUGCCGAUGUAGCUCGGGCACAGCGCGAACUGCAGCUGCGGCGCCACCGGUUGGCGGCUCGCUUGCGGGAGCUUGCCACGCACGGUGGUGCGGGUGAAGUGGAGGCGGCAUGCGCGGAUGGCGAACAGCUGGGGCUGGGAUCUGAGGCAGAGGCAGCCCAUGCUCGGCUGGAGCAGCGGCAGGCCACAGCGCUUGAGGAGCUACGCCAGGCAGCCCACCAUGGCUCCCUGAAGCAGUACACUGCAGCGGUGGCCGCGGCGGAGAGACUAAACGUCAGCACAGCCAUGCGGCAGGCAUGCAAGGAGCAGCUGCGCCAGAGGCAGCAGGAGGCGGAUCAGCGCCUGCACGAGGCGGCAUGCCGGGGCAACCUGGCAGCAGUGAGGAGGCGAUGCGAGGGUGCCUUGAUGCUCGGCUUGCGUGCCGCAGUAGGCGCUGCAGAAGAGCAGGUUCAGAGGCGGCGGCAGGAGGCGUUGGAGCAGCUGGCUGCUAGCACGCGGUGUGUGUGCGAGUAUGCCAUCCUGCACGACAGCCCAUGUGCUAGGCCAGCUGGCCUUGGUAGCCAUCAGCUGGAAAGCUGGGUCAGCACCACACAGCACCUUGCGGCCGCCAUCUCAGAGCUAGGUACCGAGGCAGCCUUGCUGCAACCUCCAGCAGCCUGUGCAGCAUGGCCACCAGAGCUAAGAGGCUGGCUGGAGGACGCCAGCUGGGCAGCUGAGCUGGAGCUGGCGGCACCUGUCGCCCAGGCAGUUGCCGCCUUGAAGGGCCACCUGGAGGCACUCGAGGCGGCCACUCAGGUUGUCAUCACCCCCCUGCAGCAGGCUUGCAGUGCUGGCGAAGUCGGCGGCCAGGACGGCACCGCACAUGCGAGCACAGCAGCAGAGAGCAUCAGCAAGCUGGAGCCGGGAGGGCAGGCUGGCGACAGUGCCCAGGGCAAUUGGGGGGCCUGUCCUGAGCCAGUGGGGCGCCUGCUGGCAUGCUUCCGGGAGUGGCAGGCCAUGCAGCACGACCGGCUUCCCCUGGUGGAGGGUGCUGCGCAGCGGAUGGCAGUCGGACUGUGCGUCGAGGGUGCUCAGCAGCAGCACGAGUCCUGCUGCAUGCUGGAUCUCAGCAUGCAGGGCCUGAGCGUUAUGGAGCUGCCGGCAGGAAACUCACCUGUGGUCAGCCUCAACCUGAGCCGCAACGCCAUCACCAGCCUGGAAGCCCUGUCAGCACUCCAGGGCCUGCAAGAGCUGCGGGUGGGGGCCAACCAGCUCACCAGUCUUCACGGCAUCCAGUGCUUGGCUAGCCUCACCAUGCUGAAUGCAUCAAACAACCGGCUGGAGCACCUCCCCAGCCUGGCAGGCGAGCGAGGAGUGUGCUUGACAGCACUGCGCAACAUCGACCUUUCAGCCAACCAUCUCUCUUCUGCGGCCCUUGCCGCUGCUGACCUGGCAGCCUGCGGCGCCCACCUCACGUGUCUGCGUGUCUCGGGCAACCGGCUGACCGACAUUUCAAGCUGGAUGGGGCUGCUGCCCAGUCUGCUGCACUUCCACGCUGGCGGCAAUGCCCUUGCCAGCCUGGAAGGCCUGGCAGAGGCGGCCCCGCUGCUGCAGGUUCUGGUCGCCUCCCGCAACGCCCUCACCAGCCUUCCGCCCACCAUGCACCUCCCCUUCCUCCGCGAGUUGUGGCUGGGGAGCAACCCGCUGGCAGAGGGCUUUGUGUCGCUGCAGGUGCUUGAUCUGUCGUCCAACCAGCUUGCAAGCCUGGGCAUGGUGCUUGCCAGUCUGGAGCCACUUGGCGGCUGCCUGCAGCGGCUGCGGCUGAAGGACAACCCUCUGGCGGCAGGCUGGGAUCCUGGACAGCAGCAGCAGCAGCAGCAGGGACAGCCUCCAGGAACUGGUUACAGCGAUGCAGUCUUUAGAAUGCUGCCGCUGCUAGAGGAGCUGGAUGAGCAGCAGGCAGCGUGGCGUGGCUGGCGUGUGCGUCGCUUACUGGCCCGUGCACGCCAGGCCUUGCUUCAGCAGAGCCAGAACGCGCGGCAAGGCCAGCGCAGCAGCAGCGACAGCCUGGAGCUGGAGCAGUCAGGCUCUUUGUUGGGGCUGGGUGCGCUGCUGGAGGCAGGUGCCAGCGAGGUGUUUGGGGCCCCCGAGGAACUGCUCUCUAACCUGGAGGCCUGGUCUCCUGUGUGUGGUGCACACUGCAGCAGCCCGCCAGAGGCCCUCGAGCGGCAGGCUUGCAGCGGAACGUCGCAGCAGGCGCUGCGGGCGCAGCAGGGCGAGGAACAAAGCGACUGGGAGUUUGCCGAUGCGGCCACCGCAGCCGCAUUUGCUUCCAUGCGGCAGCGGCGGCAAGCAGGGGCGCGGCGCCGGGAGCUGCAGCAGCAGAUGCGAGACCCGCAGCGGCGGCUGCACAAGUUCCAGACCCUUCACAGCGUGGAGGCUGGCACCAUGAAUGUGCGGAAUGCAACCAUCCGGUUAUGUGACAGCCAGUGUUUGACUUGA